UAGGCCACGGCCCCCACCCCCUACUCAAGUUGACUGCCGACCUCAUCCGAAAGACUCGGAUUUUCCCAGCACUGCCACAACGCAAAUACACCGAACGUUCACCUCUUCCUUUUCCUUCUCUCCCGAUGCCAAAAAGGGCACCCGAGAAAUCUAGAUGCUCACGUCUAUUACUAAAUUUCUUUUAACAGCUCCCACACCCCAACUUCUCCUUCAAUUCUUUUCACAUUAUAAUGCCCUCCUCCCAUUUUCUGAGCGUCUCCAAAGCUUUCCCACUUCCGAUUAAAGUAUCAAACACGACUUUCUGUUUCUCUGUAUAGCUCUUCUCUCUGUACACAUCUCUUGGUACGGAAAAUAUAUUUCUUUCCUCUUCUUCUUUUGAGGUUUUGUUUCGCUAUGUCUUCCAUAUCACAAGGUUUGGUCUUGGCCACCGCCAUGGUUAUCUCUAGCACAGCUCUGUUUCUUGCUUAUUGUAGGCAGAAGUCUUUCCCACCAACCCAGAUUUCGGAAAAUCAGGAUCCCCAGCGCCCGGAGAAGCAAAUUCUACGUUCUUGCUUAUAUUCAGAGGAAAAGAAAAAGGAGAGAAAGAAGAAGAAAGUGCAAUUUGCAGAGGAUGUGAAGGACCCAAGUGGGAAUGGCGACGAAUACAGAAAGGAGCAAACGAAGCCGAGCAAAGUUGAAAUAGGUUGCAGAAACGAAAUCCGGGGAGUUCGUGGAAUGCCAGAGAAUCGGAUUGCUUUGUACAAUGGAAUUCUCAAAAACCGUGUGCAAAGAAUGCAGUGUUCAUAUUGAUGAGUUGUAAACUUCUUGGAUUUUCUGUUUUCUUUAAAAACAGAACAUUCAGGAUUCACCCAUGAUAAAGACAGGCUUUUGUGGUGGGAUGGCUUGUGAAAGAGUUGCUUUUGGAGUGGAUAAUUAGAACCGAGUUAAAGACCAAUGGCUUGUUAGAACUGCAGCAGCUGAGUUGAUUGAAAGACCCAAACCAUCACAGGAGUGAAGUCAAGUUUGAAUUAAUUGCAAAGGCCGAAUUCGUGUGAGUUUUGAGAGUGACCUUUCUUUGGAACCAUAGAACAAAGAGGUGUUGAGCAUUUCAGCCCCCCUUCAAUUAUUGAGUCAGAGACAGUUGUCUGUGAGCUUAGAUUUCAACCAGCCCAACAAAAUUGACCAAACCAACUGUUAACAGAUAAUAACAUCUCUCUAUUUUUUUUACUUUGUUCAAUUUUUUUCUCUGUUUUUUUUGGGGGGCUUUAUCUUGGUAGGUGGUGGUAGAUAUAGGGAAAAUGGUUGCAGUUUUCAGUUUUAUUUAAUGAAAUGGUUGAGACUUCACA